AUGCGAGACGCCGCCGUUAGCCUCCCGCACGAUGCCUACCCGUCGCAUUUCGCCUACGAUCCAGCUGUCGCUGGACGUGAGCCGUCAUCACGCAAUGACUUUCAAAGCGAAGGAGAUGAAAGUGACGAUGGCAUGCCCGCCCUGGAGGCCGUCGACGACGCGGUCGGCGACAGCGUCGAUAGUUUGAGCGAUGACUCGGACAGCGACACCGAGAGUAUGCCGGCGCUCGAGGCUGUGGAAUCGGGGGAUAGCGCUGGUGAGAUGCGCGGAGACGGCACGCCAGACUGGCAUGGCGUGUUCGUACAGCCGGGAGCUGCACUGCGCGCCGACGAGUAUCACUCCCAGGGCGACUUGCUCUUCUUGAAUACCGCCUUACGCCACCAAGUCCUCUUAGACGAACAGAUUCUCCUUGACGCCGCGUUCAAGACGAGGAACUUGGAGUUAAGACGCGUCCUCCGUGAUCGUUUCCAUGCAGCGGCGCAUCGUUCACUGCCGGCAGACUGUUUCAGCUUCAGACCGGCUCCGUGCGAGAGGUAG